AUGUCGGCCUGCUCUACCGAAAAAUGCCCACUGUUCUCUCAUGGUGAAGAAGUUGAAAGACUAUCGCGGACUAUGCUGAAAAGGUCAUUUUUAACAGUAAUAUUCCAAAAACGUGACCGUUCGCAGUCUGUUGUAUCGGGUCAAAAUGAUAAAUAUUCCAAAUCUUCACUGUUAUCAGCUAAUAGUCUCAGACAAACGCUGGACACCAGUAAUAACGAAGACACUCGUCAAUUAAAUGAACGACUAUCCAACCCAAAUAUCGGCGAAGAGAAUGAUAAUGAAGCGGAAGAAGAACCUCGAUAUUCAAAAUUAUUGAGACUAUUACAGCAAAAAUCAAAAAAAAAACAUAAUAUAGAAGAGAAUGAAGCGUCUUUACACAAGUUAAGUAAACGUUUCUUCUUUUUUCGACCAGACAGACGUGUGCCGUUAGUUCGAAAUCCUCGACCCGAGUACACGUAUGGACGCAAAGCUCAUUGGGAUACUUUUUUUGGUUAG